UCUUCUUUUUAAAAUAAGAAGACCAUUUAGAGGGAGGACUGAGGCUUCCGCCGGACUCCGCACUUCAGGUCGCCUUUGCGAUUUCAAGGGCCUUGACCAGUAACGACCAAGCAGAGCUUCACUUCGGCUGCUCUGUAUUCGCUGUUUACUGUUAGCAAUCUGGAGUCUUCGUCGAUCUUCGUCUACGGCACGAUAGGCCUCCAUUUACCACCAAACGACAGAAUCGCCCGACCGCAGGUCCGCAGCCGCCGCACCAUUUUUUCCGGCAGAGGUGGUGCUGAUAUUUAUUCACGUGACAACUUAGGCGGGUGUAAAUGUCCAACAUAAACAGGCAAGCCCUUUUGCAGUUUUGCUGAUUCUAGUUGGUCUUCUCAGAUUCAGCCCAUCUUGACCCAAAAGCCCCACUCUGAUAAAAGCUUAGCUUGAGAAAAGUCAGAAAUGGAAUGAACCAAAAAAACCAGAGCUGGUGACGAGGGAGGACAGCAAAACUUCAGCAUCUCAAUUCCUUUCUGCAGAUAAUUUGUCAGGGUUGGAUGGCUCAUAUCCAAUGCGGCCGGAAUAUCCUUCGCCAGAUUGUGAAACACAGAAACCUUCAGGACUCUGAUCCUAUAUUGAAUCCGCUUUUAUAUGCUGGCCAAGGUGUCAGAUACAGAAAGUUAGAAAUUAUUCUUACAACAAGCAUUGAUAAGCUUGGCAAAGCUGGUGAGACAGUGAAGGUUGCUCCUGGAUACUUUCGCAACUAUCUGAUGCCCAAGUUGCUGGCUGUCCCAAAUAUCAACAAGUUUGAAUAUCUUAUCAGGGAGCAACGCAAGAUUUACCAACCUAAGGAAGUGGAAGUGGUUAAAAAAGUAGUUACUGAAAAGGAAGAAGAUAAGAUGAAACAAUAUGAAACAGCUGCAAGACGUCUGGAUGAUGCUCGGCUGGUCUUGAGAAGGUUCAUCAAGGUUGAUAAUGAACUGCGUUCACCUGUGACAAAAGAGGAGCUUGUGGUUGAGGUGGCAAGGCAGCUUUGCGUGCGGAUUGAGCCUGAAAACCUGCACUUGCCCUCGCCAUUGUCAGCUUUGGGAGAGUUCGAGGUUCCGCUUCGAUUGCCCAAGUCCAUUCCUUUGCCGGAGGGGAAGGUUCGAUGGACCCUUAGCAUUAAAAUCAGGAGAAAAUGACUUGAGUUUUAGGCUUCACAAUUCGUGUCCAAGUGCAAACAUUUUGAUUUGCAUAUUUUGCCAGUGAUGUCUCUUUCUGAUUCUGAGUGAAGCCAUGGGAAUUUUUUUUUGAACAUUCUUGUGAUGCAGAGUUCGCUUGUAGAAAGAAAUAGGCUUCUGUUGGACAUUUUAUUUUAUUCUUUUUUGUUGCAGGAAAUACAUUCCUGCAUUGCUAAUCUUUCCUUUCAUCCUUUUUUCAUGGUCGUGGGGUUGACCUAAAGUCUUAAACCCAUCUUUUUAUUAUUUAUUAGAACACUGCAACGAUUUGAUUGUUUGACUUUUAA